GGUUAACCUUCAAUUUGACAUUUUCAAUUCAAUUGACAACCAAGAUUUUCUGAAAAUUACCAUCCAAAAUUCCAGUAUAUAAUCAUCAUAAAAUCUAAUAAAUAAAUUAUGAUGGGCGGGUGUAAGAAACAUGGCAAUAAAGCUUAUUAUACAGGUAAUAUUCCAAAGAGAAGACGAUUCAAAAAGAAGAAAACUUUACACAGACCACCAAUAUCGGAACCACGAAAGAAUUCUUCCAGAAUCAAGAUAUGUAUAGUAAAAGAUCCUAGUAUACCUGCGUUUAGGAGGAAAUCACAAGGUUUAAGGCCAGUUCAAAGCUACAAAAGCAUGGACGGUAAAACUGAUAGAGAUGUUUACUAUUUAUCAGAUGAUAUGGAUCCAGAUGAAUUUCGUUGUUACGAUCAGACUGAUGAUGAAGAUCCGAAUACAUCCGGGGAUAACUCAUGUUCAGAAAACAAUGAAACCAGCGAUAGUGAAUAUUACAAAAAUGAUAACCAACAACAGGACGAUAGUCAGAAACAGGAUGAAAAUCAUCAAAAGCCCAGAUGUUACAUUAGGGAAGGAAAAGAUUGGUGCUAUGCUCAUGCAAGGGGUGACUUAGAUGAAAUUCCUAUAGGCAAAUUUGAUCCAGUCACAAAAGGAGUUUAUGGUACGGAGUGUGAGCUACCGUGUGUAAAUCAAGGAGGUAUAUGCAAAUCAUUUCCAAUGUAUUGUUGCAAGGAGGCCUACGAAGAAAUAAAGUCCCCUGAAAAAACCUGCGAUGAUUUGAUUUCUGGACUCUACUGCAGAAGCAGUUUUGAAUAUUAUGAGGACCGGUUAAGGGAAAUCAUUGAAGCAAAUGCAAAAAAGGCUGAGAGAACAGAUUGCUGCGCUUGCUUUGGUUAUGACACUUACGAUCGAAUGGGUCGUGAUAUCAAAAGAGAUGUUAACGACAUGAGUGGAUGUAAAUGUGGUGAUGUAUGUCCAGCGGUUGAAGCAUAUAUGGAAAGGAGAGACGAAGAAGUUUACAAAUUUGUAACCACAUUGGAAAAAUGGAAACCCGGCAAAAUGAAAAUUUGCUGUCCUGUUUGUAGUGUAAUAGAUUCUCCAGCUAUCAAGCAAACCAAAAGAAGAGCUUUGAUAGCUAACACGGGAUUCCAGGCUUCAAUUCUGGUAGCAUUCUGGCCUCUGUGUAUGCUGCCAUUUAUGAUGGCGCAGAGUCGUAUUUUACUGUUUUGUAAAAACUGCAAAAAUUACUUGGGCCAAUACGACAAACGUAAGGGCUGCGUCAAACCACCCGAACCAUUGAAAGAACAAAUCGCCAAGAUCCUUUACAAGGAUUACGAGGAAGUUUUUGACUGAUAAAUAUUUGUUUGGGUUAGAUCUGAGGGGUAUAAGUCAUUCAGAGAAGGUCAAGUGUCAAGUGUGUGAAUUUUUCGACUAAUAAAUAUUUGUUUUGUCUAAG